AUGCCCUAUCGUUUCCCUAAAGUAUUGUCCGGCAAGAGCUUGCUGACAAGGAGCUAUGCAGUAUCUAACUCUGCCCCAGAACCCAUUCACGAUCCUUCGUGGCCCAAGAAUAGUAACCCAACUCCGUAUGAAGUUUUCGGCAUUCCUCAGGGCCAAAUUGACCGGCGAAAACUGAAGAAGAGAUACCACGCCAUGGCGAAGUUGUAUCAUCCCGACAUGUCGAAUGGCGUGCGAAUUUUGAAGAGUAGCACAGAGAUGUCUCACCACUCCUAUAUAAUAGACGAAUCGGCCCUAUUAUCCAGUAAGGACAAGCAAAGUAGAUUUCAGGUUAUGAAUGAAGCUUACGAACUGUUGAGUGAUUCGCACAAGAAAAGUACCUACGAUCGAUUUCGUUCGGGAUGGAGCUAUUCACCUGCAAACUUUCGAAAUUCCCCGUAUUCUGCUGCGGCGACUGCUCAUGGCUACCACAGCAGCCCCAAUUACGAAUACUGGAAUGCUGGAACAUGGGAAGAAGUCAACAAGAUGCAUCGUAGUGAUCCCGGUAAAAGAUUCUCUCUUUGGACUGCAGUGGCUUGGAUAUGCGGGCUAGCUGUAUGCGUGCAAUGCACCGCUCUCCUGACUCGGAUCGAGGCUUCUUUGACCCAAAAUCAUUUCACGCACGACGAAACGGAAAAGGAUCUAGUGAUGGCGUAUGUUAAUUAUGGCCUAGAUACAGAUAAAUGGUCAAGACUGCGGCGAUUUUUGUGGUUCAGGACCUACGGAAUGUAUCGAGCCAAAUCUGAUCUCGACAGAGAGGCUCACAAGAAUGAAAGGAUAGUUCAGGAAUUGAAGGAUAAGGGGGGAACGCGCAGUUCGUGA